GUCAAGAGAGAGACACUGCCAGGCAGGAGAAGGCUCAGCUCCAAGACAAACUGGAGAACCUUGAACAGGUCCUGAAGCAUAUGCGAGAGGCUGCAGAUCGGCGGCAGCAACUGGAGGCAGAGCAUGAGAAGGCCUUGGCUUUCCUCAACUCCAGACAGCAGGAGAUCAACCUUCUGCAGAAGGUUCAGGCUGAAGCUGAAAAAGAGCAUGAAGAAGUGGUGCAUCUGCUAGAGAGCCAUAUGGACAGAAUGCAGGUCAAGGUUCAUGACUUGGAGCAGAAAUGCCGGACACAGAGUGAGCAGUGCAAUAUUUUGUCGAAAGAGCUGGAAAAAUAUCACCUGGGGUCAGACGCGGAGGAUACACUCAACACUGACUCACAGGAGAAAAACUUGUGCAACAGUUACAACAGCCUGCAGCGCCAGGCCGAAAAAAGUGAUGAGAGAUCGGACAGAUCUCCACUGGUCUCAGAACUGCCCAUAGUACAGCAACACAAGACAGACAAGCCAGAGCAGCUGUCGGUCAAACCCACCGUCCAAACCCAGAGUCGAUCCAGCAGCCCCAUGCAAGCAUCCCUCGCAGAGAUGGACAAUGAGGUGAGCCCAGCUCCGAGGUCCAAGACAAGAUACACAGGCCAGGUCCGUCUCUGCACUGCCCGAUACAGUUAUAAUCCCUAUGAUGGACCUAAUGAGCAUCCAGAAGCAGAGCUCCCUCUUGUGGCAGGGAAGUAUUUGUACGUAUAUGGAGGCAUGGACGAUGAUGGAUUUUAUGAAGGAGAGCUAUUGGAUGGCCAGCGUGGCCUGGUUCCCUCUAAUUUUGUGGAGUUUGUCCAAGACAAGGAAAAGCCAUCUAUCGAGGGUGGAGAGGAGCAGGGCAGGCUGGAGCAGAGCUGUCUGAGCCUGGCGACCAUAGAUGGAGGCGCUCCUCUGGACAGCCUUAGCAGCGACGCCCUCGGCCACUGCAGCAACGGGACAGGCGCUCUGGAUGGAGAGGAGCUGAGUGAUGACAUCGUGCCUUACCCCAGGAAGAUCAAUCUGAUCAAACAGCUGGCGAGAAGUGUGAUAGUGGCCUGGGAAGCGCCUCUAGUGCCCCUUGGCUGGGGCAACAUCAACGGCUACAAUAUCUUAGUGGAUGGGGAAGUACGUUCCUCUGUGCCAUUUGGAGGCAGGACCAAACUGCUUCUCGAAAAGCUGGACCUGGCUGCCUGCACAUACCGUGUGUCGGUACAGAGCGUGACGGACAGGGGACUCUCUGAUGAGUUGCGCUGCACCUUGCUGGUGGGCCGCAAUGUUGUGGUGGCACCCACCUAUCUGCGCAUGGAUGAUAUUUUACGUGACUCUGCUGAACUUUCGUGGCUGCCCAGUAAUAGUAACUACGCCCAUGUUGUGUACUUAGAUGGCGUGGAGCAUGCCGUGGUUAAGCCGUGCUCUUACAAACUGCGUUUUGUAAACCUGAAGGCCGCCACAGUGUACAAAGUAAAAGUGUUGGCCAAACCUCACCAGGUGCCCUGGCACAUGCCUCUGGAACAGAGAGAGAAGAGAGAGGCUGGGGUGGAGUUCUGCACCCAAGCUGCAGGACCCCCUCUACCUCCUCAAGAAGUCCAGGUCCAGUGUGGACAAGCCCCAGGAGUCCUCCAAGUGCGUUGGAAGCCACCUCCAAUGACACCCAUGGGAACCUCCAAUGGUGCAAAUGUCAUUGGCUACGCAGUGUGCACAAAGGGUCAGAGGAUUGCUGAGGUGUUGUAUCCACUGGCAGACUAUGCGGCAGUAGAACUGAACCGUCUCCAGUGCUUGGAGGCCCAUGAAGUUAUUGUCAGGACUUUAUCAGCACAAGGGGAAUCUCAAGACUCCCAUGCCGCCGUCAUUCCAAACCACCUGCUGGUGCCUCUUCCUAAAACCCUCCCUCCUUCUCACCACAUACAAUCACCUCUCCCACCCCAGCAGUCCCAACCAAUGCCUCCUCAUCCCCAAAUCCGGGCCCUUCCCCCUCACCCUGGACCACAACCACCCACCCAUCUCCAACCCCUUCCCGUUCGCCCUAACCAGCCCCCAUCUCAUCUCCAUCCCCACCGUAUGCCCCAUCCCACACAGCCCUCUCCACCUCACCUCCAGCCUUUACCACCACACCCCAUCCCUCAACCCCAGCCCACCAUCCCAAUGCCCCAGCCUCAGACGUCCAUGCCCAUGCCCCAACCCCAGCCCCAGCCACCCAUGCCUCAGCCCCAACAGCCCAUGGCCAUGCCCCAACCCCAGCCAGCCAUCCCCAUGCAUCAACCCCAGCCAGCUAUCCCGAUGCCCCAGCCUCACAUUCCCCAACUGCCCCUUCCCCAACCCCAAAGACCACUAAGUGCCAGAGAGCUGGAAACCAAAGAGCCAGGGCCAGGAAUGCUUCAUCAUGGAGGGGGCCCACCUCAGCCAUGGAAGCCUGGCUGCUCCCCAUCAGGCAUGCCCACAGGCCUGCCACAUGGACACACCCUGGAUGCCCCGGCCUUCCCGAACCACCGCUCCCCGUCACCUCAAAGGAUCCUCCCCCAGCCCAGGGGUACACUCAUUCCUGACACUGUGGCCAAGGCUAUUGCCCGAGAAGCAGCCCAAAGAGUGGCUGCAGAGAGUGGACGGAUGGAGAGGAGAAGCCAGGGCUUUCACUCUCAAAAUUCAGAUGAGGAAGAGGAUGAGGAAAGCUAUCAGGCACACAGAAGAGGAGCAUCUGUGGAUGACUUCCUCAGGGGCUCAGAGCUGGGCAGGCAGUCUCAUUACAGUCACAGCGAAGAGUAUCAUACAGAGAGCAGUCGAGGCUCGGACCUCUCGGACAUCAUAGAAGAGGACGAGGAGGAGUUGUAUUCUGAAAUGCAGCAUGAAGAAGGCAGGCGACGAAACUCCCACAAUGCACUCAAGACCGGAGGCAGCACUCCAUCUUCGAGUCAGCUGGAUCGGGAAUCAUACCGGAAGCCAUCUCACAGAGGUCCUCACCCUCAGCGCCAACCCCUCACGGUCCCAUCCAUUGAUGGAUACCGGGACCGAAGCCGCCGCUCUCCCCCAUACUAUGAUGAGUCUGAGCAGGAGGAUCAGUUUCGAAUCUUCGUGGCGCUCUUCGACUAUGACCCUCUCUCCAUGUCCCCUAACCCUGAUGCAGCUGAUGAGGAGCUCCCUUUUAAAGAGGGACAGAUAAUCAAGGUGUAUGGGGAUAAGGAUAAUGAUGGUUUUUAUCAUGGGGAGAUCCGGGGCAGGUCUGGACUUAUUCCCUGUAACAUGGUGUCGGAAAUCCGUGCAGAGGAUGAUGAAACUAUGGAGCAGCUCAUGAAACAGGGAUUCCUCCCUCUCAACACUCCUGUAGACAGAAUAGAACAAAAUAGGAGAGGUCGCAACCCAGUGGCCACAAGACGAAUGGUUGCCCUGUAUGACUACGACCCCAGAGAGAGCUCACCAAAUGUGGAUGUUGAGGCUGAACUGACAUUCUGUGCUGGUGAUAUCAUUGCUGUUUUUGGGGAUAUAGAUGAAGACGGCUUCUAUUAUGGUGAGCUUAAUGGACAUCGGGGCUUGGUUCCAUCCAAUUUUCUCGAAGAAGUGCCUGAUGACGUGGAGGUCUAUCUGACGGACACUCCCUCCCACCGCGGUCAGGACGAGCCCAAUCUGGUACCGACACUGCGCCCAGAGACCAAACGGGUGCCUGUGGAAAGUUCAGUGCCAGCUCCGGCCCCUGGAAGACCCGCCUCUCCCACUGUGCGUCCUUUGCUUCCCGUUGGCCCAGUCAGGCCGCUGAGCCCUGCCAGGGGUCCACGAGACCUGGCAUCUAAAAAGAAAAAAGGACUGCUCUCUAAGGGGAAGAAACUGCUCCAAAAGUUCUCAAAGUAAAAGAGAUUGAUUUCAAAUUCAUAUGGCUACAACAGCAUACAGAUUUCUCUCUCAAAAGGGAAACCACCAAUCCCCAGUGUUUCAGAAAAGUCUACGGUGAUUUUUUUUCUCUCUCACACACACACAAAAAAUUAAAUCUAAACAGCUUUCACAUUAACAUGCCACGUGCAUAUUCUGAAAAUCUAAUAUCCAGAUGAAAAGGAAUGACAUAUAUAAAGAUGUCACUCAUGUGUCAGUGAGCUUGCUAAUUGGCUGUCAGAAUGAAAGCAUGUAGAGGACAAAGAGAUAUUAUUAAUAUUUAAAGAAUUCCUUCAAUUAUAAUUUCCACAUUUCAAAUCAAAGUGCUGGAUUUGGAAUGAAAUAUUUAAUCUCAUAGAUUUUAAAGUCUGGUAUAGCACUUGGUUAUAAAAACAGUUAAAAAAGCACUUUAAAUAUGGUCUGACGUUGUCAGUCAAAUAGCAGUAAAUGAUAAAAAAAACUCCAGACCAUAUUAAGUGCAUUAGUCCGAAACAAAAAGACCACAAUCAAAAGAAGUAUUUCCAUAGAAAGAUGCGCAAGGUGCAAAAUGGCAUAACUGACCAGAACAGUCUAUGAGCAAAUCCUUUUAAACAUUGCUGUGGCCUUCAUUUAAACUCAGUAAGUACAGUAUAUUACAUCUGAUGUCUCUAUACAUCAGUCUUUGCCAAGUAUCCUCCCUUUUGCUUGCUCUAAGAGCUCCCUUUCCUGCGUUUAUCACGAGAAUGACUCCGAAGUUAUAAAAAUACAAUGAAAAGUUUCUGUGUUUGCCUUUCAAUGCACAAUUCGUUGUGUUUUGGUGAAUGGCUCGUGUGUGUGUCUCCCCUCUGCAUCCAUGUUCGUGCAACCCCUUACAACUGAAAAAGGAAAAAUGUUGUUCUUUUGUGAUAAUGUGAUGUGCUGCUAAUUACAAGUUGUUUCCUGUUCCUUUCAAUAAGGGUGGUGUCGUCUUCAGAAAAAGAAAUAUUUAAGCAAAGAUGGUGUCUAGGUGUCUCCUCGAAUUUCACUUUCUAAGGGCCGGUUUACAUAGAAUGCAUUUUUGAAAUGUUUUUUUUUAUAUAGUUUUUCAAUGUAAACAUGCGAAAGACUGAGAUUUGACACUCUUUAUCAACAUUCUCGUUUGUUUUUAAAAAGCAAAAGUAGUUUGACUACACGCAUAGAAACACUGUGUUCUUUGCAAUUCCAUUUUAAACACAAGAAUGCGUUCUGUAUAAACGGAUUUUCAUGCAAAAAUGAAAUUUGUCAUUAUUUAGGCUACCCACCCUAACGUCAUUCCAAAACUCUAUGACUUUCUUUAUUCUGUGGAACAUAGAAGAUAUUUUGAGAAAUUGCUCUCACUCUCUCUCUUUAGUCCGUACAAUGGAAAACUGUUCAGAUUUCAACAUUCUUCAAAAUAGGCCUAUCUUCUUUUAUGUUUCACAGAAGAAAGAAAUC